GAUAUUAUUAUUUGGUGAAAGUAUUUUUUUUUGCUGCAUUUGUUUGUAUAUAAAGUUGUGUUUGAAAUUUGAAUCAUGAAAUCGAACAAAACUAGGUGAAAAUUGAUCAACGUUUUUGAUUAAUUACUUCAACGAAUGAUGAGCUUAUGUGUCAAUAUAGUUUACAAAUGCACUAGAUUUGAGUUAUAUGCCUAAUUUGUAAAUAUAAUCUAAUUUGUAUAAUUCAAUUUAGGAAUUAGGAUCUGUUCAUAUUUUCUUAAUUAGUGUUGAAGCUUUGAUAGCAGUUAAAUCUCUGGUACGAUGCAUGUACUAGUAUUUGAUUUUAUUUUCAACAAAAGUUGAAAUUAAUUAGUUAGAGUGCAACAAAAGUUAGUUUUAUGAUCUUAAUUAUUAAUUUUUUUUGCAAGUUGGUGUAGUACUUUAAUGACUGAUUAUGAAUUUGACUUUUUCUGCAAAUCUAUCAAAGAUCUUAUUAGGAUAUUCUUAUAAGAAUUCCAGUUCCUGAUUAGAAUAUUUUUAGAAUGAUUUCGAGUUUUGAUAUUUUACAUUGUGAUCAUGUUAUCAUGUGAGAAGGGGUGGGAACAUUACGGUAGCCCGUUCUGUGGCUAACUACUAUGAACUCUUACUACCUCCAGGCUCCAGCCCAUUUUACUUGCCCCAUUGGACAAAAUAUGUGAGCUUUUUUGUUAAAUGGGGCACGUCAAAUCUGACGGAGGGGGUAGCUUGUUUGGUUGGACUCGUUCCUGCAAAAGUAUUAUCACUUUGGUGGGAGCGGAAUUGAAUUGAUAACUUUACAAAUAUGAUACAUUUAGAUCAUGUUAAUCUAACUAUUUCCGAAUGUUACAUUAUUUAAAUAAUAUAGUGAAAAUGACUGAAAUUGUAUUCAAUUCUGGCCGUUCUAGAGGAAUUUCAACUUCUUUUUCCCAUAUUUAGUUGUUUUUUACACUGUGCUUGAUCAGCGUCAGUUUAUUGUGAAUCCCGACUUGAAUUUCUUUCAUUUCUUAUUCUUAGAUAUGGAGGCUGUGCCUAGUUCGAGUUUGCCCCCAUUGCACCGAUGCAAAAUUCUCCAUCUGGUUAGGCAUGCACAAGGGAUUCACAAUGUUGCAGGGGCGGAGAAAUACAAAAAAUCUCCGGAAAUGGUUGAUCCUCGCCUUUCACAACUUGGAUGGGAACAGGUUGAGAAUCUCCGAAAACAUGUUCACGCUUGUGGACUAAUGCAAAGGAUUGAACUAGUCGUUACAUCUCCUAUGUUAAGGACAAUGCAAACUGCAGUCGUAGUCUUUGGUGGGGACAAUCAAAAGAAUGGGAUGUGUGCAUCCCCUCUAAUGUUGGAAAACGUAAAGAAUGACCAUGCUACAGUGUCAAGUCUAAACAGCCCACCAUUUUUGACACAAGAGCUUUGCCGGGAACGCCUGGGAGUGAACACAUGUGAUAAGAGGGGAAGCAUUAGUGAGUACAAGAGUCUAUUUCCAGCAAUUGACUUUUCCCUGAUAGAAAGUGAUGAAGACAUCUUGUGGAGGGAUGACGUGAGGGAGUCGGAUGAAGAGGUUUCAGCUCGAGGAUUGAAGUUCAUAAAAUGGUUGUGGACUAGAGAGGAGAAAGAGAUUGCAAUUGUUACCCACAGCGCAUUUUUGUUUCAAACCCUGCCAGAGUUUGGGUAUAAUUGUCACCCGUCAACAAAGAAUGAGAUUUGCAAAUUCUUUGCAAAUUCUGAACUUCGGUCGGUGAUGCUGCUGGAGAAAAGUUUGAUGGGUGUACGUCCUGCAAAAACGAACUAUCCAGGAAGGAUUCCUUUUGUACUUGACCUACCAAAUGAUCUAGCGAACAUGAAUCGAGAAUCCAAUCAUAGCCAACAUCAACAGAAUGGCGGGAACUGAGAGCAGAACAAGAACAGCCUUUUGCCAUUGUUUCAUCAUUAACUUAUUUCAAAUAAUAUUGAUUUCGUUUGUAUAGGAUUAGCAUUUAGCAGUGCACAUUUAAUUUUAAAAUUAUGAAUUCUCGAAACAUCAUGUAUUCGUUUAUACGUAUUAUUCUUAAUUGCUUAAUCUACGAUUGUUGAUAAAAAUUAUAGAAACCUAACUCACAUUAAUUGUAAAUGAAAUGUUUAGUAAAUGUUGUGGGUCCAGCUCACUUGUUGCACAA